AGGGCGGCGGGGCGUUUGUUUCCUCAGGGGUGCGCGAGGGCAGCACCUUCCCCGGGCGGGAGUCAGGGCAGGGGGUGGGUGCCGGCUGUCAGCUCGUGUCUGGGCAGCCUCGCGCCCCGUGGUCCCUGAGCGGCCCCGCCUCCGCGAGGAAAGCCAGCGUUGCUUCCUCUUUGCGGACGUGGGGAUAACCACCACCCCCCGAGAGCGACUUCCCCAAGCGAAAAGGAGGAAGGUGCCUAACUGGGUCAAGGUCCAGCUCAGCCACCUCUCGCGGAGCAAGAUGAGACUUUGCCUCAGUGUCUGACUGGGACUGGGACACGGACAUGUCGCAUCAGAGAACGUGACCUCUUUGAUUUUUCAGUACGUGGGCGGAGACAAGGGCUAUAAAAACAAUCAACUGCAAAAAAUUCAUUCAGCUUCAGCAAGCUCAAGGGCUGUUUGAUAAGAUAAAGGAGUGUUAGAACAAUACAUACAUGCUGUUUAAUUUGACAAGAGUCCCUGCAAACCUGUCCCACGCUCAGCAGUUUGUAAUGUGCCGUUAGGAUUUGGCACUGAAUGGCUCAGCUACAGCUGGCUGUGUAUCCACCUGUGGAUUCUAUGGUGACAGCUCCCAGUCUUCCAUUGAAAGGGCCUGAGAGAUACCAUCUCAAGGCUCUUGGAUACCAAUCCCGGCUAGAACACCUGAAGAAUAACUUCCAGCAGCAGCUCCUGCGUGAGAAGGAGGAGAAACUGAAGGGUCUCUACAUCUGCAAAAGCUGGAAUGGGAGCAGCCAGCAGGAUUUCUGGGAACAGGGGGUCUUCUACUCUGCUGGAUUGCACAGCAGGUGUCUCCCCAGUCAGACCAGUACUUUGCCAUCCAAGUGGGCAGCCAGGCGGCGAGAAGGAGUGGACCGGUCCUACCCCCUGAAACCAGUCUUUCAUCACAAAGCUGGAAGCGUUCCAGAGGUCAGUAUAGGUCAUCUUAGGAGCUUGCCACCCAUGGCUGAAUCUCCCAGCAGUAGAUUUAGCUCAAAAAAGAGAGGGAGAUUGCCAGCAGCCAGGACUCAGACAGACAUUUUGCCAUCUCUUUUGGCAGCAGAGCAGCCAAAGCUAACAGCCACCCAUCCAGGAAGGGCAGAAUUGGGUUACAUCCAAAGGUUGGAGGCAGCUGGGAAGAGCCUGGAAGAGGAGAUCCGGAAGAAAGAGGCCUUCCUCAGGGAGAAGCUGAGAAGAACAGAGGAGGAGCUCAGGAGGAUCCAGAGGGAAAAGGAGCAGGUGGAGAUGGAAGAGAGAAACGAGAGGAAAACAGCAGGGCUUUCUGGGGGAAACAUUUUCAGGGCUACAGCCAAACUUAGUGAAGGGGACUUUGAUUGGGAACAGUCUUCAGAGGGUGCCAUGUCCAUGCCAAGCAACACCCACCUUCCCUAUGUGCUUGGCAUAGAGGGACUCAAGAAGGGGCGGCUGGUGGCCAGCAACAGCAAAAUUCAAGAGCACAUGUCUUUGGACAGCAUGGCCUCCUGUGCAAAGGUGGUCAUGAUGAAACACAGCCAUAGGUCACCUGCAGCAGCUCCCUUAAAACAAGACCCUGGAGCAGAACUGUUGCACUUGCAGGCUCCCACUGGUGGGGAACAGGGAGAGCUAGCACAAUGUGGCUUCUGUGGGCGUAAAUUUCUCCACCUUCGGCUGGAGAAACACAUGAAUAUUUGCAGCAAGAGCCAAGGCUCCAAGAGGAAAGUAUUUGACUCAAGCAUGGCCAGAGCCAGGGGCACUGAACUGGAACAAUAUCAGCACUGGAAGGGCAAAACCACCACCCAGAAUGAACCACCCAAGAACAACAACUGGAGACAAAAGCAUGAGUCUUUCAUCCAGACCCUGCGCCAGGCCCGUGAGAUGCAGCACGUGAUCUCCAAAGGGGGGAAGCUCUCAGACCUGCCCCCACUACCCCCUGUAGAGAACCCAGACUAUGUCUCCUGUCCCCACUGCAGCCGGCGCUUUGCACCCAAGGUAGCUGAGAGACACAUUCCCAAGUGCAAGACUAUCAAGAACCGACCUCCACCCCCACCACAAAGGAGACGUUAAGGAUGACAUGUUACAGUGAAUCUGGCUCCCUCUCUUAGCUUGGCUUCCAUCUACAGGCAGCAGUGGAAGCUGUGUGUUCUUACCAUUCCCUGAGCUGGCUGCUGACUUUUAAGAUAUCACCAUGUAAAGUGAGUGAGGAGCUCAGGGUCAUGGACUCAGACUCAUUGACCAAAUACUAAAAUGCUUUUACUUUGAGCUGCAGUCAGUGGUUCCUGAAUGUGCACAGAUGGGUCCAAGGCAGCUUAAGCCACCACCCUGAUGCUGCUGGUUCUAAUCUCUUCACCUUUCUACAACUUUCCACAAAAAGUUCCAAUUCUCAGCUGAAGAGAGUGGUGGAUCUUUGUAUAAGCAGGGGAUGCCCUUUGUAUAGGGAAUGGGGUUGUCAGUAAGACAACAGCCAAGGAAGAACCACCAUGAAGGAUAGACUGGUUCUAAGAAUCAUGGUUA